AUGUCUGCUCCUUCAUCACGGGAGCGUGCCCAACGUCUGUAUGAAAAGAACAUUGAGUUGGAGAGUAAGCGUCGGAGGUCAGCUCAGGCUCGAAUUCCAUCGGAUCCCAAUGCAUGGCAACAGAUGCGUGAGAACUAUGAAGCGAUAAUUCUUGAGGACCAUGGUUUUUCUGAGCAGCACAAUAUAGAAUAUUUGCUGUGGCAAUUACAUUAUAGGCGUAUAGAGGAACUAAGAUCUCACUUUAGUUCUACUUUAGGUUCUACUGGCUCAAAUGUGAAAGUUCCUGCACGACCUGAUCGAAUCAACAAGAUAAGGCUUCAAUUUAAAACAUUCCUUUCAGAAGCAACUGGAUUUUAUCACGAUCUGAUUCUGAAGAUCAGAGCUAAGUAUGGGCUGCCUUUGGGUUACUUCUCUGAGGAUUCAGAUAAUCGAGCUGUUAUGGAGAAAGACGGGAAGAAGUCUGCUGACGUGAAGAAAGGGCUGGUCUCUUGUCACCGUUGUUUGAUAUACUUGGGUGACCUGGCCAGGUAUAAAGGACUAUAUGGGGAUGGUGACUCCAAAACUCGCGAGUAUGCGGCAGCUUCAAGUUACUACUUGCAAGCUGCAUCUCUGUGGCCAUCAAGUGGGAACCCUCAUCAUCAGCUCGCCAUUUUGGCUUCAUAUUCAGGGGAUGAGUUGGUGGCUGUUUAUCGAUAUUUCAGGAGUCUGGCAGUGGAUAAUCCCUUUGCAACUGCAAGGGAAAACUUGAUUGUUGCUUUUGAGAAGAAUCGUCAGAGCUACUCUCUGCUGCUUGGGGAUGCAAAAGUCUCUGCUGUCAAUGAUUCAUCUGUGCACUCGACUGGCAAAGGUAGAGUGAAAGGAGAAGCAAAGCCUGCAUCUAAGGAUACAAAACUGGAAGUAGGUGUUGUCAGUGAAAGGACAUCUAAUAUCCAUGAGAUGCAGAAGUCCUUCUGCACUCGGUUUGUCCGCCUGAAUGGCAUUCUUUUCACACGUACUAGCUUGGAGACAUUUGCAGAAGUUCUGACAUUGGUUAGCAGUGGGUUCUCAGAGCUUCUUUCUUUUGGGCUUGAAGAGAAGCUGAAUUUUGGUGCAGAUGCUACUGAAAAUGGACUUUUCAUUGUUCGCCUUGUCUCCAUUCUUAUAUACACUGUUCACCAUGUGAAGAAGGAGGCUGAAGGUCAAACAUAUGCAGAAAUUGUGCAGCGUGCUGUUCUGCUGCAGAAUGCCUUCACUGCUGUUUUUGAGUUAAUGGGACACAUAUUAGAUAGGUGUGCACAGCUUUGUGAUCCUUCUUCAAGUUACCUAGUGCCUGGCAUUCUGGUUUUUGUAGAAUGGUUGGCUUGUUGUCCUGAUGUAGCGUCAGGCAGUGAUAUGGAUGAGAAACAGUCAGCUGUAAGAUUGAACUUUUGGAACCAUUGCAUCUCAUUUCUGAACAAGAUAGUGUCUUGUUGCUCAUUUUCUCUUGAUGACAAUGAAGAUGAGACAUGCUUCUAUAACAUGAGCCGUUAUGAAGAAGGAGAAACAGGAAACAGGGUUGCUUUGUGGGAAGACUUUGAGUUGAGAGGGUUUUUGCCACUUCUUCCUGCACAAACUAUUUUGGACUUUUCAAGGAAGCACUCAUUUGGAAGUGAUGGUACUAAGGAAAAAGUAGCUCGUAUCAAAAGGAUUCUAGCAGCAGGGAAGGCCUUAGCUAAUAUGGUUAGGGUUGAUCAACAAACAAUAUAUUUUGAUUCAAAGAUGAAGAAAUUUGUUAUAGGUGCUCAGCCUCAAAUUUCAGAUGAUGGGUUAUUGACACUUGAUUCUGGCUUGUUGAGAGCUGCUGAUGUGAUUCAAGAAAUGCAGCCUGAAGAAACAAUGAAUUUGGGAGUUCUGCAGCCUAACCCAUAUCCAUACACUGAAGGUGAAGAGGAAGAUGAAGUGAUUGUUUUCAAGCCAGUGGUGACUGAGAAUCAAAAUAAUGCAGUUAGUCCAAAAUGGGUACAACAUGGAGGUCUAAAACCUAGUCGAGAUGCUUCAGCAGAUGAUUUGCACUUUUUUAGUGGUUCUGUUUCAGCCCCUCUUGAUAACCUUCGGCAGCAGGCAGCUUUCGAUGCAGGCUCUCAGAUAUCUGUACCAAUGGGCACUAUUGUCCCCCAGCAUCUACAACCAAUCCAGCCUCAUACUUCGAAGUGGUUAGUUGAAGAAGCUUCUUCUCUUGCCAACGGCUUGAAAGGUGUUAGGUUCAUGGAAAAUGGGCAUGUCAUGGAACAUGAGAUGCAGAAAGAUUUAAGCAUGGCCUAUCCUGCUGCUCAUCCAGUAACUGUCCAACAAUCUCUGAAUGUAAAUACUAGUGGUAUGUUUUAUGGUCAGGCAAAAAUGGCAGAAUCUGUUGUUCCAUCAAAGUUUGACACUUUUGCAUCUUCUGGGGUUAUUGCUGAAACUUUGGCUGUGAAAGCAUCAGCAGCUUUGCCACCGGGUUUCAGGAAAAGUCCAGUUAGCCGACCUCUAAGGCACCUUGGGCCUCCCCCAGGUUUUAGUUCUGUUCCUCCUAAGCAAGCAAGUGAACCUGUUUCUGGUUCAGUUUUGACUUGUGAGAAUCCACUACAGGAUGAUUAUAGCUGGCUGGAUGGCUAUCAGCUGCCAUCAUCAGCAAAAGUCUAUGGGCUCAAUGGUUCUGCUAAUUUCACUUCUCAUGCAGCGACACAGCACAUGAGUAACAGCAAUGGCUCGAGUGCAACAGCUGGCUUUCCCUUCCCGGGGAAACAGGUUCUGCCAGUGCAACUCCAAGCAGAGAAACAGAAAGGCUGGCAGAUCCACCAGGGUUUUGAGCAUCCAAGAGUGCAGCAAGAACACCAGCUGCAGCAACAACUCAUUAAUGGAAACCAGCAGUUCUCUUCAAUUCCUGAGCAAUAUCAUGGACAGUCCAUCUGGGGUGGUCGAUAUAUUAUUUCGCGGAGCUCUCCUGCCAGAAGACAAAUAUUGCAACAUCUUGAUGAUGCGAAAUUUAACAUGUUAAUAAGAGCAACUGUUGGUUAUGGGCUUAUAUUUGGAGGAGUUGGUGGAAUAAAGAUAUGGCGUACUCACCAUCCUACUAAACUUUCAUUCCGCUCUCUGCUGUCCGUUUUACUGGUAUCGUCUGUCUACAGUGAUAUGUUAUAUUUUACUCUCUGCCAGAUAGCUUCAGAGGGGAGAGUGCCUAGGGGUAUGAUAUCAGCGUCAGAAGUUGCAUUUAAUGAUGUUAUCAAGAGUUCUAUGUAUGGGUGA